AACUUCUAUGCGCCCAAUCAGAGGAGUCCUUAUGUUUUGGCUCUAGGUUUUGAAUACUGUUCUGUUGAUGGCCGCUGUAGAAGGCGAGUGUGCCUUGGUGUGUGGUGAGGCGACGUCGCCGGUAUCCGCCGCCGUAUAGCCCCGCUCCGCCGUACCCCUGCCAGGGACGGACGCUCGCUCUGACUGGCAUUUAAAGUAGAAGAUGUGCAUUCAAGUUUUGAAGCUUAUGUAGAGGAGUCCUAGAAGGCCACUGAAAGCAAUCUUUGGGCUACUAAUCUACAAUCAUGAAUGACAACAGUAUGUUGGCACUUGCUGGGGGCAGGAGUCUACUGGCAGACUCUUCUGUGUUUGACUCCAAAAUCGCAGAAAUAUCAAAAGAAAACAUAUGUCCUGGUUACGUUGAUGAAGACAUGCCCCAAAUAGAAACCAGAGUGGUGCUAGUUGAAGACGCUGGUAGUAAUGAAGCAUUAGUAAAAGCUCUGGAGACAGUUAAGCUAAUGGAAGUCCCAGUUAUAAAGAUAAGGGAAAAUUGUCAAGAGAAAUCCAGAGAAUCAUUUAUAAAAAGUAUUGUAAAUAUGGAAAUCAAGCUUCCCUACGUCACAACAGAAUCUGUGGAGGAGUAUGCAGAAGCUGAUACCCCAGAAUUUGAGAACGUGUUUGUAAUAUCAGAUUUCCAACAUCCUUCCUUUCGAUAUCUGUAUAAAGCUGACUGCAGAAUACUUGGCCCACCAAUCAUCUUGCAUUAUGCACAGAAAGGAGAGCCCUUGCCAUUUACAUCUCGCCCUCUGUAUUGUGCAAGCAUGUUAAAUCUAGUUCUGUGCUUUACUGGCUUCAGAAAAAAGGAAGAACUGGUAAGACUUGUGACUUUAGUUCAUCAUAUGGGAGGAACAAUACGUAAAGAUUUCAGCUCUAAAGUGACACACCUUAUUGCCAACUCCACUCAUGGGGAUAAAUUUAGGGUUGCUGUAAGCUUGGGAACUCCUAUCAUGAGGGCUGACUGGAUAUUAAAAUCCUGGGAAAAGAAGAAUGAUCUAGAGUUCAGUGCAGCAGAUGAAGAGUUCAAAAAUGAAUUCAAGGUUCCCCCAUUCCAGGACUGCAUACUUAGUUUUCUUGGGUUUUCAGAAGAAGAUAGAGUCAGCAUGGAAGGAAUGACAACAAUGCAAGGAGGGCAGUUUUUACCAGUGGGAGAUGAAAAGUGCACUCAUCUAGUUGUGGAAGAAAAUUCUGUAAGAGAGCUACCAUUUGAGCCUCCAAAAAAGCUUUAUGUAGUGAAGCAAGAGUGGUUUUGGGGAAGCAUACAAAUGGAUGCAAGAGCUGGAGAAACAAUGUACCUCUUUGAAAAGCCGGAUAGCCCAGCCCUUAAAAAGUCUGUGUCUCUGCUUUCCUUGAAUACUCCAAGUAGUAAUCGGAAGAAACGUAGGUUGAAAGACACUCUUGCACAGCUUACCAGAGAAACUGACAUUUCACCAUUUCCACCUCGCAAACGUCCUUCAGCUGAACAUUCCUUGUCUAUGGGAUCACUACUUGACAUCUCAAACACGCCAGAGUCUGGAAAGUCGCUUUCAGAUAUACCAAGAAAUUCUGCAAAACCUUCUAAAAUCUCCACCCCUGUACCUCAGAAACAGUCUGCAAGAUGGCAGGUUGCAAUGGAGCUGUAUCAGACUGAGAGCAAUUAUGUUGACAUUCUAACUACAAUUGUACAGCUUUUUCAACUUCCAUUAGAAAGAGAGGGACAAGUAGGAGGGCCAAUCCUGGCUCCAGAAGAGAUCAAGACUAUUUUUGGCAGCAUACCAGAUAUUCUGGAUGUACAUACAAAAAUCAAGGGCGAUCUGGAAAAAAUGAUGAUGGACUGGGCAGAAACCAAAAGCAUUGGUGAUAUAAUUAUUUCUUAUUCAAAUGAUUUGGUGAAGACCUAUCCUCCUUUCGUAAAUUUUUUUGAAAUGAGCAAAGAAACAAUUAUACAGUCUGAGAAGCUGAAACCAAGAUUCCAUGCUUUCCUGAAGAUUAAUCAAGCAAAACCAGAAUGUGGAAGACAAACGUUAGUUGAACUGUUAAUCCGACCUGUUCAAAGGUUACCGAGUGUUGCUCUUCUUCUAAAUGACCUCAAGAAACAUACAACAGAGGACAACCCAGAUAAAGUAAUGCUUGAGAAAGCUAUUGAUUCAUUAAAAGAAGUAAUGACUCACAUUAAUGAAGAUAAAAGGAAAACUGAAGGACAGAGACAGAUCUUUGAUGUGGUGUAUGAAGUAGAUGGUUGUCCUGCAAAUCUGUUAUCUUCACACAGAGUGCUGGUACAGAGAGUGGAAACUGUAGCUCUUGGGGAAGAUCUAUGUGACAGGGGAGAGCAAGUCACACUCUUUCUAUUUAAUGAUUGCGUUGAGAUUGCAAGGAAACGGCACAAAGUUAUUAGUGCUUUUAAAAGUCCUCAUAGUCACACAAGACCCCCUGCAUCUCUUAAGCACAUUAACUUGAUGCCUUUGUCACAAAUAAAGAAAGUUCUUGACAUCCGGGAGACUGAAGACUGCCAUAAUGCUUUUGCAUUGGUUGUGCGACCUCCAACAGAACAGACAAACCAGUUAUUUAGUUUCCAACUGACGACUGAGGAACCUCUAAAAGUGGAUUGGCUAAAGAUGUUAUGCCGGCACAUAGCCAAUACCAUAUGUAAAGCAGAUGCUGAAAAUUUGAUUUAUACUACAGAUCCUGACUCAUUAGAGAUAAACACAAAGGAUGUGGAUAGUACUUUGAGUAGAGCAUCAAGGGCCAUAAAGAAAACCUCCAAGAAAGUCACAAGAGCUUUUUCAUUCUCCAAAACACCAAAGAGAGCCCUGCAGAGGGCGCUCAUGGUACAUAAUACUCCAGAUGGACGGAGUCCUGGUCCAAGCACAGAGGGAUUUGCAAGCUGUCGCAUGCCAAGUACCACUUCUCUAGCAAAUGUCCAAUCUCCUUCUUUGGUAAAUCUUCCAUCUUUAUUUGAACGGAAAUACCAUACCUUCAGUCGUUCAACAACCCAUCUUAUCUGAGUGCUGAAAGCUUUUACUGCAAUAACUGACUAAAGCAGCUGGCUGUUCUUAAAGAUUUUGUUGUUUCAAUAUGGUACUCCUCUGUAGCACUACUAAUCAGCUUGCAAACAAACGUGAAGGGCUAGAUUUACUAAGUGGUGGAUUUGACCUUGAAAUUUAAAAUGGCAAUGAUACUAAAUGCAAAACCAGAUGCAUUUGCAUGUAGUGUUUCAGGUUGAACAAAUGCAGAGUAGUUAGUAAAUCUAGACCGAAGUCUUCAUUUUUGUAAAACGUGGAAUCUGCGCCACACAAGUGCAAGACCAAAAGUACUCCGUUAACUAUGUAUGUUAUAAAUGUUUUACAUGUUGCUGUCAUCCAUACAUCAUAAUGAUUUGUAAGUCAUGUUUGUACUUUUUUUGGUAAACUAUAGCGCGUAUCAGAACAAAUACUUGUCCAAAUAUAUGUGUGUAUGUAUAUGUGUGUGUGUAUAUAUGUGUGUGUGUAUAUGUGUUGGUGUUUAUUUUCCAGUUAGUGUUCUUUUUUGUGCGUCUGUUAGUGGAACUUAUGCCAGUAGUACAGUUUAGCAGGUUUUGAAGCUCUCAUUACUAGUUAGAACUAAAUCUAUAUUUUUGAGUGUUAACGUACGAUGCAUGUGACAUGCGGAUAAGACUAGGGUUGCCAUUGUUUUGUUUUUGACCUGGCGACAGGUUUGUUUUUCAAGCACUACAUAUUUAUGUUGUUUUUUGAUACAUACUAAAAUAUUGGACUACAGUAAUACUGCUAGAAAUGCUCUGACUAUAUGGUCCCUCCCCGAAUUAUAUUUAGUGACUAUAAUUCCCGUGUAGGAAUUUUAUAAAGAACAUAUUAUGAGUUGUUUUCAACAUUUUUCUAUAAAUUGAGGGAAUUCAUAAUCCAUAAAAUAUAAAUGAGAACAUUUUCAAAAGCCUGCAAUGUCCCAAAAAGAAUCAUGUGUGUUUUUCUCUUACAAUGUAUGUUAAACCUGAAGAUUGAGGCAAUUAUUCAUGAGGUUUUUUUUCCCCAAUUUGUUUUAGCUAAAUAUGCAUAUUUAUUUAUAGUCCUAUUUGGUUUGACAUGCGGGACAAUUGUGAUCUCAGAUUCUCUGUAUUACACUAGUUUUCUAUUGUCAUUUUUGCUUUGUAUUAGGAGUGGAAACUAAACUGUCAGUGUGGUUAAAUAAACAGCUGCUCAUCAACUCCUAUUCAAACAUAAUGUUGUAACAAAUCUAGUGGCUAUAUUUUAAAACGGUUUGUAUUCAUAGGAUCUGUAUCUUGUAUAUAAAUAAACUUGUAAAAGCUAUCUUUGCUUGUUGUCUUGUAUUGAAGAUUUAAGGAGAAACACUGUAUUGCUAUAAUAAUGAGCAGAUGUUUUGAUGCAACUAAUUAAAGCUAUUUUGAUACAAAA